AUGUACUUCAGGAGCUUUGGACUGCUCUUUCUUUUUGUGAUGCUGAUGUUGGGCAAGCCAGGAGCAUACGAGACAGAGGCUAAGAACUGCACUGCUGCUAUUAAAGUUGAAAGAUAUACAGAAUACCAGUUUAAACCUGGGAUUUCAGACUUCAUAAAGUGCCCGGUGACAUAUUGCCAAAAGAAGCCUGAAAUCAGGUGGUACAAAAAGAAUCAUAACAGUGGAUUGCCUUUGAAUGAUGAACAAAGGUACACGUUUACAUGGAUUGAUGAAAACAUUUUUGUUUUGAAUUUUUCAACUGUUCAUAAGAAUGACAGUGGAGUGUAUCAUUGCGAGAGUAUUUCAGGAAAUCAAACUGACAAGGGUCAUUACAUAAACAUCACUGUUCAAGAUGAUUACACAAAUUCUACAGAUGGUCAUGGAGCAUCUAAAAAGGACAAGGCGUGGAUUAUUUAUCUCGUCUCAUUGCUGGGUGCACUGUGUCUCAUCACUGUUAGCUGCUUGGGCUCACUGUAUUCCACAUGGAGGCAGCCAGUUAAAAACAAGAAGAUUUCAUCUGUCUCACAAAGUGAAAUGAAUGUGUUUAAUAGUUAUUCAGAUGUAAAAUACUACAAUGAUAAUACCAUUCGUGUCCCAGAUGAAGGAUCUGUGCUACAUCAUGGUGCUGCUACUCCUGGCUUGAAGUACAAACAUGGUAGCACUAUCUCUGACAAUCAAGUCAGCUGCUGGACAGCAAUUAGAGCAACAUCAAAUCCUGUAUGUCAUCAGUCUGUCACCAGUACCCACCAGUUCCCAGGUGAAGAUCAGGAUAUAAUUGUUUAUGCAGCUCUGAAUCACGGAGAGAAUUCUCAAAGAAGUGAAUCCUCAGCAGAAGUUGAACUUACAGAAUAUGCCACCAUUGGGCAGAAGAAUUAA